AUGUUUUAUGCAUAUCUGCAACGGUCAUAAUAUCAUUCUUAUCCACGAUCUUUUUGAGAUUAUUACAGAAAGUGAACCAAAGAAGAACAGCAAGUACUCGGACAAGAUCUGAUUGAUAUGGAUGAUUCUUAUGUAAAGGGUUUCACUAAAUUUGGGGAUGAAAAUGAUGAAUUUGGUUCCCCCAAAUUACAAAAACCCAGAAACGUUGCAAAGAAGCACUAUAUGGAGCCUACUCUAUCUGCAGCUACAAAGACUGCUAAAAAGAAAAUCUUGGCUGAAAGAAACCAGGCUUUUACUUUCACUAAUUUCUUAAAACCCCCAAUUCUCGAUUCAAGAACUUCUCCUGCUCGUUCUGUUCGAUCUUCUUGCAGUUCUGACUAUGAUGAAGAAGAGGAGAACAGUUUUGAUGGUAAUACAUCUUCGAAGAAGCCAUAUGACCCUUUUACUAAUUACCUUUCUCCCAGGCCUAAAUUUUUAAGGUACGAUCCCAAUAAGAAGCGCAGAAUCUUCCUGCACGGAGAGAGUGAUAUCACAGAGAAAAAAGAUGACUUGGGGGUCAUCAGUAGUAAGAGCUCCUUUGAGUCUCAGAAAGUAGUGGAAGAAACUUUUGAAGAAGAUUCUGUUAAGGAAGAUGUAGAACCGGAGAAGACUGGGGGUGAUCCUUAUGAUCAUGAUGAUGAAGUUGAGGAGACAGAGGAGGAACUCGAAGAGUUUGAGGAAGAGGAGGAGAAGUGUUGGAGUUUAUUGGGGCUUUUGAGAUUUCUGCUUGUUUUGGGCUCUGUAUAUCUGACUACUUCGUUUAUAUGCUCCAUGGAUUCCACUGAGCACUCACUGAUCCAGGAUGCUAUCAGGGAAUUCAGAUAUGGAUUUCUUAACCAAAGUAACACACAUGAGGUAGCCACAAAAAUGGAGUAUUUCACCAGCAAAUCAAUUUUUUUGGGAGGAAAAGGACACGAGUCUCCUAUUAGUUCACCAAAUGUCACACAAGAAGACAUUGAUGUGGAGUUUGUGGAGGUAGGGAUUUCUGAAGUCAUCCGCGAUGAUAACGAAGUGCCGGCAAGUACUGCUGGAUUGCCUGAACUGAAAAUUGAGAAAUCUGAAGAUGUUGACGAUGAUGAGUUGAUAGGCAAAGUGGAGGCUUCUGAUUCAUUGCAAUGGGUAGAAGCUACAGAAAGUGAAACAAAUAUUGAUGUUGCUGCUAGUGGAGCUGAAGCCUCAUCAGAUGAGCACUCGGGUUCAGACUUUGGAGAAAAUACAAGUGCGAAGGAUGAGGAGAUGGGGGAAAACCGGGAUGGACUUGAUCAGCUGCAGCACCAUGAAACAGCAGAAGUAAAGGAUAUGUUUUCUGAAACUAAGGCUAGCUCUGACUUUAAUGUUGAAUUUGAACAUAUGGAAAGUGAAGAGAUCAAAGUUGAAUUUGAACCUACGGAAAGUGAAGAGAUCAAAUUGCAGCUUGGAUUAGCUGUUCUGGUUUUAUUGUUCUCUGUAGUUCCAGCUUUGUGUUUGCUUUACCAUUCAAGGCGAGGGCAUACUAAAGAAGCUUCUUUUCCCACAAAAAAGAACAGUGAUGAAGAAGCUUCUUUGCCUACAAAAAAGAACAGCAGCAGAGAAGCUUCUUUGCCAGUUGAACUUCACCAGCCAAAUGCUGGACCUGCUCAUUGGACACAAAACACAACUUCGAUUUGUAGUGUGGAAGAAGAGUAUGUAAAAAAGGUUGCAUCUUUUCCUAGUCCCUCAACUCCUCUUCUUCCCUCGAUGAAAGUUCCAGAAGAACCUAGCAGACAGAGGCAGACUCCCAUUGUGGAGUUGCUUGGAGAGCUUGUGAUUGGAGAAGAGAAAAGUAGCUUUGUGAGGAGCAGCAAAGUGACAAGAAAAAUUCCAAAUUCAGAAGAGAGAAAUGCUAGCAAUUCUCUUUCUACGCAAAUGAUUAAAUCGCAAAGCCAGACUUCUUUGGUGCCGAAUCAAGUGUAUCCAACACAAUUAGAGGUCUCAACCGCGGACUCUACAUCACAAAAGAAGAAAAGACCUGUGAAAGAGGAAAUCAAUGGCGGGGAAGUGAGCAUGUCAACUAUGACUCCAGUAAGGCGAUCAAUCAGAAUCCGCAACAAGGCAAUGUCUCCAUGAAUCAUCUCCCCUGUAGUGCAUUCUUUUAGGCCUAACUACUCGCAAUAUCAUCAUUGUUAGUUCAUUAGACUAAUGGCAAAAUAGGCCGUUCUGUAUUAGUAGCUGUUCUUCAUUUUUAUGAAGGCUGUAUCAAAUUUUUUAUCAAAUAAGGUAGGCUAAUUUUCUUUGUUAUGUAUCAUAA